AUGGGCAAAAAGCGGACGGUAGAAGACAGAAGAAGACUAGCUGAAAAGAGUGGCUUCAACUUCGAUGAUGACGAUGUUGAUGAUAGCCCCGUCCCACGAUUUGUUCUGGGCUAUACCGAAAGAGUUUGCAAUGUUCAGGUCGGGUUGUGGCAGGAAGGGCCCCUAAAGGAGAAGAUCGGGUUGUCAGACCUCAAGAGACCUAAAACAUACAUGACAAUCGAAAACUUCAUGUACAUGGAAAGACAGCUUUGGCAGAAUGAUGGGCAUGAAUAUCUCCACGAUGGAUAUCGUGUUCUUAUCAGUGCGAAGCUGAAAUGUCAUGUGUUUACCUCGGCUAGAGUGGGUGAAAUAAGUGAGGGUUCCAGCCGAGCGGGCACCGGGAAAGGGUUGCUUUACAGGCACACCGAGAUGUUAGUUGCAUGGAAAGAUGGACAGCCAGAGCUGCGCUACAGUCUCAAACGGGAGUUUGCGAAAGGAAUGCACAAUAAGGAAGAUCAGCGACCCACUCACAUUUUAUAUGAGCAUGUGCCCGGUCAGCCUCUCAUUCUGAAUCCGAUCGUCUUUCUCCUGGCCAUAUUCCUCGCGCGAGGAGCUUUCAAAAGUUACAGCACCAUUCAACAGAUUUUGGCCGUAAAACCACCGCCCGACCAAGAGUAUUGGGUUUUGGAUUGGGCAGAUCGUGUUAUGAAUCUCCCAGUAUUCCCAACGAUGACUGCAGCGGGUCUUACCGAAAAGAUUCAGACGGCUGGUGCAUUUACCAACCAGAUCAGGGGUCUAUCAAUACGUGCAGGAAUGGAACGACCCGUGACACCACAUGGGAUCCGCCGAGAAUGCCUGAUCCAAGCUACAAGUAACGGUUACUCCAAGGAUGAGUUGAUGAAGUUCGCUGCUCACACAAACCAAAUGACGCUAACUAGAGACUACCUGAGCUCUAUAACACAUGUGGAUGGUCAAGGAAGUUUUCUCAAGAUCACUCUGCGUAGCGAUCAAGCGGAAGAUUUUCGUUCAAUGAGUGUCAAAAGGAAUCCCGAGCUUUUUCUGUCUUUGCCAGCAAAAGCACAGGAUGAAUUAAGACAGCAAAAUGAAUACGUUGCAAUCACAGAACAGCUCAAGAGUCUAGCUUCUCAGACAGACGUCCAAAGCACAAAAGAUAAAAGUCGACUUAUCUCGCAAAGACGCAAGCUUGAGAAAGCGGAACUGGACAGAGUUCGCGGUUCCCAGUCCCGGGUGCACCCAAGCGAUCGCGAAGAGCUAGAAGGGCACCAGAUGGACCAAGACCGUUCCCUGUUCGGGCGUCUUCAACAGACUAUUGUCACACGCACGGAUUGCCCUCGUGAAUUUCCUUUCUUGUCCAUAAUCCUGAACUACUAUUGCCAAGACUGA